CAACAACUAAUGGUAGAUAUAAAAGGAUCGGCGUUCACGUCAGUAAUAUGAUCUUAAGAUUAGACAAUAUCACAAGAUGCCACGAUAAUACACAAAAACGUGAACGAACAAACAAACCAUGUACUCGUAGCUAGCUUGGUAAUAAUCUUUGAUCAUUUUUGCAUCAAAUUUUAUCCACAUAGUAUCUCGCUAAUUACUAACCUCAUUAUUUGGUGCAAAUGUCCAGUGCAAUAAAUACCUUCAGUUGUUUGCUUAUCCGAUACUGGUGGCACUUUAUUACACUGGUUGGUUUUGCAUUAAUUAAAUUAUGUUCUUCUGGUGGUGACAACUAAAUAUGCGCAUUGCAAUUUGCAACAUAUCCACUUAGAGUUCAGAUCCAGCAUGAAAAGCUGUACUGUCCUGCUAUAUAUUUCUCAAUUUAUCUGUGUCUAAUUUUCAUUUCAGUUUCUCCCAAAUUACAUAUGGAACUUGGACAAUGCUUAUCCAACAAUUUUGGGUAACAUGGGGGUCCCCUUGUGGGACCAAAGUUUGUGUUGUGUGAGAUUUCUUCGUAUUCUUUUUUUUUUUGGUUUUUACCCCUAUUGGUGGUGACUUGACUCCAGAUAAUGUAAAAAGAAGAAAUGAAAGGAAUAUUCCCGAAGAAGCUUCCAUUAAAUAAUGUUUUCACUUAACAGAAUUCACAUUAACCCCUCCUAGCCUCUAAUAUUCCAAAUCGAGGCAUCUUUUGCAAGCAAUAAUUAAAAGUAAAAGUUCUAAACAUUGUUGAUGGCUUAUGUCAUUUGCAAAGUUUGCUUUGGAUCGAUGGUCUUCAUUUAUAGUCACCGUUCCCUUUUUAGCCUUUCACACGCGUCCCAUCCCCACCUUUGGUUAUUGGCAUUAUUAGUAUUAUUACCAUUAUCACUGUUGUUCUUUUAUCAUUGAAAACAUUUUAAGUAAAGAUUGUUAUACUCAUCGCCAAGCUCAUAAAUCACGUUGUCUCCGGAAUCUUCAAUUUUCCUUCUAACAAGUGGAUCGAUCCAUGAUAGUCUUUUUGUUAUGUACGACCAUGAACAAUUCCUUUAAUCUGAAAAAAAAAGUUAUUCACUUUUUUAAAUUUUAAUGUUAAAAUUAUAAUAUUUUAUGAUUGUUAUCUUAUCUUCUAUUCCGGUCAAUCAUUUCAAUAGUGUUUCCUUCUUGUGUAUUUCUUAGUCAAGUGCUGUUAAUUCUGGUUACCUUGGAGGAUUCCACGAGCACAUGUAAUUAUUUGUAUCAGGGAGACUACUAGAUGAGCUGACACAUAAUUAUUUUAGCUUAACUAAUAAUCAAGAUAAAAUCUUGAUUAUGCAAUAGAGUUAACUAUUCCAACUUUUUAGAAAUACAAUUUAAAUAAUGGUAAUGAGACGCUCGUACCACAAAAAUACUGUAAUUCUUUGUUGUCGUUGUUGUCUUUUUUUCUUGUGAGGCAAAGUGGAUGGGAAGGGUAAGUGAUUGUGAAUUUACUGAGUUGGAAGUUAGCGUCUCAGUCUUACAGCUGCAGAUACCUUCCCUCAUAAUGUGACUUUCCCAUGUUAGGUGCCUUCUAGAUUUCCUUGAAAGUACAAAAGAGCCUCACUCAAUUCACGUUCUUGGCUUUUAUGUGCUGCAUUUUGUUAAAUGCUGAGCCUUCCAUCCAAUAAGGCCAACCUCGAAUCUUGAGCAGUGUUUUACAUGAGUUUCCAGAUCUGAGUCUUUUUCUCUUUAGUCUUUACCAUGAUGUGUGCUACAAAAGAUUGAUGAAGUUGUUGGUGUCUUGAUUUGAGUCCUUCCUUCCUUGCUCAGUGUAUACUUAUAAUUAUAUAUACACUCUCACUCACACACAUACAGUAACAUACUUGUGUUGUUCUGUGUGUGAAGUGUGAAAUCUGUGUCCAAUUCACCAUAGUGUGGAAAUGGCUCCAAGGUUGUACUUUUCCAAUUGGUGGACCAAGGAUACACUGAAGGGAACACCAGUGGUGGUGAAAAUGGAGAACCCCACUUUCUCUGUUGUGGAGAUCAAUGGUGCUGAUGCUGCAUUCAGGCCAGUGGAGAAAAGCCGCGGCAAGAAUGCCAAACAAGUCACGUGGGUGUUGCUUCUCAGGGCUCACCGUGCUGUUGGCUGUGUCACUUGGCUUGCCACUGUUCUUUGGGCGUUGCUCGGAGCCAUUAAGAAGAGGUUGAUUCAUGGACAAGGUGUGUCUGUGGAGAGUGAGAGUGACAAGUUGGAAAAGGGCAAGUUGCUGUUUAGAGUCAUUAGAGUGUUCCUUGUGACUUCCUUGGCGGUUUUGGCCUUUGAGGUUGUUGCUUACCUUCAAGGUUGGCAUUUUGGAAACCCCACUUUGCACAUUCCUCGUACCUCUGAUUUGGAGGGCCUGCUCCACUUGGCUUAUGUUGCUUGGCUAACGUUUCGUGCCGAGUACAUUGCUCCUCCUAUACAGGCACUUUCCAAGUUUUGUGUUGUUUUGUUUCUUAUCCAGUCUGUGGAUCGCAUGCUCCUUUGCUUGGGGUGCUUUUGGAUCAAAUACAGGAAGGUUAAGCCAAGGAUUGAAGGGGAUCCGUUCAAGAGUGAUGAUGUUGAAGGAUCUGCAAGCAAUUAUCCCAUGGUUCUGGUUCAAAUUCCAAUGUGCAAUGAGAGGGAGGUGUAUGAUCAAUCCAUUUCUGCAGUCUGUGGCAUUGAUUGGCCAAGGGAUCGUUUACUGAUUCAAGUACUUGAUGAUUCUGAUGAUGAGAGCAUACAGUGGUUAAUUAAAGCAGAGGUCUCUAAAUGGAGCCAAAAGGGUAUCAAUAUAAUCUAUAGGCAUCGCUUAGUCAGGACUGGAUAUAAAGCAGGAAAUCUUAACUCUGCAAUGAGCUGUGACUAUGUGAAAGACUAUGAGUUUGUGGCAAUUUUCGAUGCAGACUUUCAACCAAAUCCUGAUUUUCUUAAGCAAACUGUGCCACAUUUCAAGGACAAUCCCGAACUAGGUUUGGUCCAAGCAAGGUGGUCUUUUGUGAACAAGGAUGAGAAUUUGUUGACUCGUCUCCAAAACAUUAACUUAUGCUUCCAUUUUGAGGUAGAGCAGCAGGUCAAUGGGGUAUUUCUCAAUUUUUUUGGUUUCAAUGGAACUGCUGGUGUUUGGAGAAUCAAGGCCCUGGAAGAGUCCGGGGGAUGGUUAGAGAGGACAACUGUAGAAGAUAUGGACAUUGCUGUCCGAGCUCAUCUGAAUGGUUGGAAAUUUAUCUUCCUAAAUGAUGUAAAGGUACCUUGUGAAGUUCCUGAGUCGUAUGAAGCUUAUAGGAAGCAGCAACACCGCUGGCAUUCAGGUCCUAUGCAACUUUUUAGGUUGUCUCUUCCAGCAAUUGUGAGAUCUAAGGUGUCUCCAUGGAAGAAAGCAAACUUAAUACUGCUAUUUUUUCUGUUGAGGAAACUGAUCCUUCCCUUUUACUCCUUCACCUUAUUUUGCAUAAUUCUUCCUCUAACCAUGUUUGUACCAGAGGCAGAGCUUCCUUUGUGGGUGAUCUGCUAUGUGCCUGUAUUUAUGUCACUCCUUAAUAUUCUUCCUUCUCCAAAAUCCUUUCCUUUCAUUGUUCCCUACCUCCUUUUCGAAAACACCAUGUCCGUCACCAAAUUCAAUGCAAUGGUCUCUGGUCUCUUCCAAUUGGGCAGCUCUUAUGAAUGGGUUGUCACCAAGAAAGCUGGCAGGUCAUCAGAGUCUGAUUUACUGGCUGCUGCAGAAAGGGAAGCCAAGUCAAUAGAACAAAAGAUUCAUAGAGGAGCUUCUGAUAGUGAGCUUAUUGAGUCAAACCAAUUGAAGGAACACAAAGAAGCAGCUCCUGCAAAAGUUAAGAAAUCUAAUAAGAUAUAUACAAAAGAGCUGACUUUGGCAUUCCUCCUUCUCACCGCUUCUGUCAGGAGUCUGUUAUCUGCACAAGGAGUUCACUUCUACUUUCUACUUUUCCAAGGGGUGACCUUCCUCCUUGUGGGGCUUGAUUUGAUUGGAGAGCAGAUGAGCUAGUUUUCAUUCAAAAAAUCAUAACAGAUGAUGAAUAGAAAACAACACCUACUGAUUUAUCAGCCAAGUUGCAUUCCAGCAACAAAAUGAACAAUGAAGCAUAGUUAAACCCUUUCUUUCCUUCUAAAAUUUGCAGUACAGGUCUAGCCAACACAUAAUUGAUUGCAAGUACCAAAACAAGGUUUCUCUGCAAUCCAACUCUAUAUCCAUUUUGCAUUCACACGAUUCAUCCCAAGUAUUCCUUAUAGGGCACUGCUCAUUGUACCCUUACAGGUAUUGAAUUCUUGUUUACUGGUAUUGGAAGUGUAUAAAAUCUUCAGUUUUCUUCAUUGUGUUCUUGGGAUUGGGAGUUCUGAUUUCAAAUGUCUGAGUGGAGUGCAUCUUGCUUGAUAUGUCAUGAAUCAUAGGUGCCUUCAUGGUAGAUAGGGUGUGUAAACCAGGAUAUUUUUUGUACAUUCAUUGUUAACUAAUCUAAACAAUAAAUUUUAUUUCCCUUACUAACUCA